CCCUCUCACCGCUCACUGAACGUCACGUCCGCACUUGAACUUGAGUUUUCAGCCGCUGUAGGAGCCAGAGCGCCGCACAGACCCGCACAGACCCGCAGAGCGCCGCACGGACCCGCGCUGAGGCACAUAGACCCGCACAGUGCCUCAAAGAGCCGCACAGACCAGCACGGAGCCGCAGAGAUCUGCAAAAAGCCGCAAACAGUCACAGAGAGCCACAGAGUGCAGCCUGGGGAUGCGGGAGUGUGCAGCCGGCGCGCAGACAGAGAGCAGCGCGAGGCUCUGAGUCCUCUGCCCGCACUGCACGCGCAGCAGCCUAAGUGUCCACAGCACGAGCACACAUCCAGAAGUGCGGGAACAAGACUGGAUUUUAAUUUUCUUUCUCUCACGUGCUCUGUCCGGAGCGGAGCGCGCGUUGCCCGGGCUGUCCGGAGGGUGGACACGCGCUCUGAGUGACCAAUUGGAGGUAGGCGCACACCUCCUCUUCGCUGCUCCGGCUCAUGGUGUGAGCUCCGCGGUGGGCUGAGCCGGACCCCCCCUCCCUCCCUCCCUCAACGCGCACACCGGAGACACUUUGGCACCGAGCUCCACCCGAGCGCACUGCCGCCCCGCGCCGCGCCUCGCCGCGCCACGGUCGGUCACCGCACCGCCCCGGAGCCGCUGUCCGCUGCAGGAUCAGCCCGGGGGCCACAGCUGGGGUCGCGGCGCAGGGGCCAGUUUGGGGCGCCCAGCCUGUGGCCGGUUUUGGGGCCGGUGUUGGGCCGCCGGUGUUCAGCGGGAGGAGAGCCGACCCUUCAAGCGCAGCUCUCCAGGCGAUGCCAGUGUAAAUGCCAGGGCAAUGUCCCGACGCAAGCAGGGGAACCCGCAGCACCUGUCCCAGAGAGAAAUCACAGGUGAGUCUUUACAGACCUGUAAAGAGAUCCCUGCUGGACAUUUUUAGAGCUCGGAUGAUUUUAUUUCUCCCUCUCUUUCUUCUCUGUCAGAGUUUUUUGCUCUCCUGGAUCUUGGCGCGUUAAAUCGUGUCUGCGCUCAGACUUCGUUUUUUUUUAAUCAUUUAUCUUUAAUUUUAAUUCUAAAUUACUCAACGUCUUAUUUGAGGCGAAUAUUCCUCAAACAGACCGUUUUUACGACGGAGUGGACAAUCAGAGUGGACAGAGUUUGACUCUGGACGGGGCAGACCUGCAGGACUUGCAUUCUUUUUGUCUGACUUUGAAUUAAAUUAAAUUAAAUUAAACGAUAAGCAGCGCUGACUGAAACUGUAGAUGAUAAUAAAGGGUAAUUAUUAUUAUAUUUCGUGAAUUUAGUCGGAACUUUUUACACAAUUUCAACCAAGGUGACAUUUAAACAGUUUUCCCGUUUUCACAUCAGGAAGAAUUCAUCUUCAGUUCUGAUUUUAUUUCAGAUUUCACUUCAAAUUCUUCUCAUCCAUGUUCUCAUUUUAUAUCAUUUAUCAUUAGUGAAACAUUACCGUUUUAAAUAUUUAUAGUCAUGUAAUACAAGUGCAAUCACCAACUUCUUUUUUAACCUUUUAAAUCCACGUUCGUGUGCACAGAGGUGCGGUUUGUGCAUGUUUUCAACUUAGGUGUGUGAGUGUUAUGUGUGUGUUUUCUUUUUAACUUUAUUUUGUAGCGUCUUUUAUUUAACAUCGCAAAGACAGUGCAGAGGAAUUUCGUUGUAUAAACCUCUCACAAUGAUGAUAAAUAUUCUAUUCUAUUCUAAAGAGACAUCACACCUGCUGUAAUUUGAUUGAAUUGAACACAUUCAUAUUUCACAUUAAAAUUCAACAGUAUCCUGAUAUAAAACCAAACAUGUUUGAUUUUAUCCUCAUCAUCCUGCCUCUCUUUCUCUAACUUUCACUCUCUAGAUAAACUUUCUUUAACCUGUAACAAUGAAUUUUCUUUUCUUUUUUUGCAUGAAGUGUGUGUGUGUGUGUGAUGACUGUUUUAAUGUUAAACUGUAUGUGUGUGUGUGUGUGUGUGUGUGUGUGUGUGUGUGUGUGUGUGUGUGUGCGUGUGUGUGUGUGUGUGUGUGCGCGCGCGCGUGUGUAGGUUUUAAAACCUGACAGUGAAGAGAGACAGAGCGGCAUGACCAGCACUCUCACAUGCACGGUUUCUCUGUUUUAUUGUUUUUAAUAUUUCAAAGCUUUAGCUCACAGAUGUUUUGUAAAAUUUCUUCACACAGUCUAUCAGAGUGAACAUUUUAAAUCAUUUCAAAAGAAAAAGCUUUAAGAGAAAAACUAAAACUUAAGAAAUACGACUGAUUUAAACAGAAAAGAGCUGCUCCCCUCUUUUUUAAAACAGUUUAUAGGGGAGACUGGGGGCAGUUUUGAUGGGGAGGGUAAUAGUAACACACCCAGUAUCCUCAACAAGAAGCAGGUUAGCAGAAGCUGACGCUCACUCUGCACAUGCUCAGUUAGAUUUGUCUCUGCCUGCUUAAAGGGAUUUGGAUCACCUCACCACAGCAGAAUUUUAAACAGAAAAGUGGUUUGGCGUUAGUGCAAGAUUUUUCUGCUCUUUAAAGUUUAAAUAACUUUGAGUUAGAAGCUAAAUCAAUUUCAUCUUGAGGCUUGAAGACUGACAUGAUCGACCCAUGCUCAUGUUUGUAUAAGUAUUAUCUAGUGUGUGACAUAUGAUCAUGCCUGCAGGUUAGGGGCAGCUGUAAUGCAGAAUUAAGAUAAAAGUUUAAACUCAAUAGUUAGCAAUAUUUUAUGCAAAAUAAAAGAUUCAAAUUCAUACAACAACUGAUGUCUAAAAAGAGUUCAACCAUACUUCAAAUGUAUCGAAGAAACAUUAUACAUCAUGUAUUAACCUCUAUAGGUGUGCUUUAAUGAGCGACACUGUGUGUAAAUACAACAUAUUUCUCCGUUUUUACUUUUGCCUCAGUGAAUAAAACACAAGAUUAAACCGUUUUAUCCUCAUGAAUUAAAACGGAUCAAUAGCAUUCAUAAAUAGUUCACAUUUUUAUGUUUCUCUUAUAAAAUGAUGAGAAGUGUGUUUCAACUAAUCUGUGGCAUGUGAGGGAACAUGUAAAAAACUGCCACUGAUGUUGAUAACAUUAUUAUUAGAAUAACUGAUUUAAAUUCACUAUUUGAUGGAUUCAUUGACACAUUCAUGAAUUCAUGUCAAAUCAGUAAUUUUUAUCUGUCAGUAAAAUUAUUCCUCUGCUUUCUCCUCAGGUUUUAGCUCAUGCUUUCCAAACUUUAAAAUAUGCUCUGCAAAUCAGACACAAAGAGGUCUGUCGGAAGUGUGUUUGUGUGAGGGGAUGAUGUGUGUGUUUGACAGACUGAGUGUCAUUCUAAUGAAGAUUUUUAUAUGCAGUUUGAGAUAACGUGCACACCUACGCAUGUGUGCAUGUGUAUGUGCACGUCCUUGUGUGCAUGAGUACUUCACUAACUUGCACACACAGUUUCAGCAGUUCUGAGCUCUGUCUUCCUCAAGGCCUGCAUGCACGACAUUGUUCUACCAACUUAAAGGAGCAUGCCCACACAAUGCAGACUCACAAACACACAGAGCACCACAGCACAGCUUCGCUCAGUGUGUGUGUUUAUGUGUGUUUAUGUGUGUGUGUUUGAGAUGGGUAACAUCUCUUGACGACUGCAGGUUAUGGCGGCUUGUCUGCAGGCUGAGUUACAUACCUGUGGAAGUGGGUCACACACUGCUCACUGUACGCCUUUACUCUAAACACAUCCUGAACAGCACCCCCCCCCCCCCCCACACCCCACACACACACACGCUCAGCCCUGUGCAGAAAACACACAAGUGCAAACCAUGACAGAGACACACAUGUAGACGUGCAGAGAGAAAGAGAGUUGAAAUGAAGAUUAUUAACAAGCUUAAUUUUUUGUAUUGUAACACAGCAGCUUAAACUUGUUUUUGUGUGUGUGUGUGUGUGUGUGAGAGAGAGAGAGAGAGAGAGAGAGAGAGAGAGAGAGCAGGUCUGACUUGUCUGUCUGUUUGAUUUAUUUCUGUGUUCAGGCUGCAGCUCAGAGCUCUACAUGCCAUCAUUAAUGUGUGAAAGAGGCUGCACAUUUAAUAAGCUUCACUACACACACACACACACACACACACACACACACACACACACACACACACACACACACACACACACACACACACACACACUUGCAGUCUUUUAUAUGCAUGUAAGUUUGCAUGUUCAUAUGUAAAAGUACACAUGUGAGCGGCUUUCAAAUGAUGGUUCUGUGGAGCUGGUCCUCUUGUUCGUCUGUGUUUUGGUUUCAUUUCCAAACCUCCUGCAGACUUGCAGCCUAGCGUCAGUUCUACCUGUCAGAGCUGAAACAGGGGCGGAUUAUUCUGCUGCUGUUGAGUCUCAGUUUCUGCUCCUUAGAGACAGAAGCCGUUUGAGAGAUCAGGCCCGUUUCCAGGAGCUGAGGUCUCUAAUUAUUUAGGUUUACCAGGUUUGGUUAAAUUUCAGGCUGUUUCGGAUAGAGUUUGGUAAGAUCUGUUCCUUUGGUUUAGUCUCCGCUUAUUUUAAUCACAGUCUGGAAUAAUGUGUGUGUUUUUGGGUGGGGUUUGGUUAAAUUUGUGUCUUUUUGAAUGUAGUUAGGUUGAAUCUCUGGUUUUUAAUCAUGUGGUUUUUCUGUGGUGUGGUUCUCUUUAUUAAGUUUGACAUGAUCUGUGAAAAAUUGAGGUUUGGUUAAAUUCCUGGUUGUAUUUUUAUCAAGUUUGGUAAAAUCUGUGUAUUUACUUAACCAAGAUUAGUUUUAGUUGUGCUUUUUUUUAAACAUGUUUAAGGACAUCUGUGGUAGUUUGAAUAUGUUGUGAAUGGAGUGGAGGUAAAAUCAGUGAAGUUUGGUUGAUUCUGUGGUUUUUUGGAUGAAGCUCAGAUAAAUCUCUGGCUGGUUUGUUUAAAUGUAAGUAUUUUUGAGUGAAAUUUGGUUUAAUCUUGGCUAUAUUUCCAGAUGCUUUUGAAAAUGUUUGCUGACUUCUAAUUUUGUAGGGACAUUAGAUUAAAUUUGUGUUCUGAUUAUGUUUUAAUGUAGUUUGUUUAAGGUUUGUGGUUUUUGGAUGUUUCCGAUGAAAUGAUGUAGAGUCUGUAAAAUUUGGAGUCACGUUGGUUUAAUCUUUGAGUCAUACAUGUAGACAGGUAACAUUUCCAGUUGUUUUGUGGAAAAAUCUGUAUUAUUUUUUUGUUGGGAUUUGGUUGAAUCUGUGUGUUUUAGGUAGUCACAUAAUGAUUUAGAACACAAUUUGGUUAAAUCCUCAAAUUUUAAAGUGAAGUUUAGUUUAAUCAGAGUAUUUUUCGGUGUUAUUCAGCUAUAUUUCCAGUUGUUUUUGAUCAUGUUUGGCUGAAUUUGUGUGUUUUGAAUAAAGUGAGGUGAAAUUUCUUGAUAUUUUAAAUCCAGCCUCAUCUUUGUAUCCUUGUGUAACGCUUGGUUCAAAAUAUCUGUUUUUAAUAUAUAUUAGUGAAUUUCUAGCAGUUUUGAAUGCAGUUUGCUCAAAUCGGUCUACUUUGGGGUAUGUUUGGUUGAAACUGUGUGUUUUAAAUGCAGUCCAGUUAAAUUCUCAAGCCUUAUGUGCAGUCUGGUAAAUUCUGUAUUUUUCUAAAUCGGGUUUGGUGAGGCCUGCCAGCUCUCUAACUCUGCACAGUACGUUUGAGGAUUUUUUGUUCUCCAUCCUUUUUAUUCUCUGAUUUAUCUUUUCCUUCUGUCCCUGUAAUAAACAUUUAUUUAUUCUUUAAUUCUUUAUCUGAAUGUUAAGUUUUUCACAUCUGUAAACUCUCCUGAGUCUGUGUGAACAUUCACACCUGAUCCUUAAACACUCACCUGAAGUCACACACGGUCAUCAUUGUUUUAGAUACAACUGGUAUGCUCCUGGGUGUGUGUGUGUGUGUGUGUGUACUUUUAUUCUCUCGCCAUCAGAGAGGGAAUCAGAGUAUACACACACACAUGCACACAAAGAUUUAAAGCACAAGAAGGUAGGUGUGUGUCUUCUCGCUCACUUUUCCCAUUGGCUGUCAGAGCUGAUCCUCCUGAUGAGCGUAGUCUUUUUAACGCACACACACACACACACACACACACACACACACACACACACACACACACACACACACACACACACACACACACACACACACACACACUGUAGCGGUUAUGGCUACACACACAUUUUGACUCUCUCAACACACUUAUGUAGUUAUCAUGGAUAUGAAGAAAGGAGCAGUCUUUGUGAAAGUGUGUUCACAAUGAGCUCCAAAGCACUGUGAUAAGUUUAUUCCUUAUUAUUUAUGGAUCCUAAAUGAUUAAUUAGCUCAAUUAAUAUAAAUAUUGAUUAAUUAUUGUGGUUAAUGGAAACCAUAGCAUCUAACAGACAGUCUGAGAGACAUUCUGGUUUUAAGACAGAACCAAAUAUCAGGGUUUGAAUUAACGUAACAUAAAGGAGAGACUCUGCAGUGUGGGUUUGAAGUGUGUGUGUUUGAGUGUACCAGCAGUGUGAGCAUGCUUUAACACAAGACACACACAGCAAAAACACACACUUAAACUGUACACACACACAUACAGACUGUACAUCUCUCUCUCACUCUCUCAUCCUGCUAGGGGGAGCUCUCAGUCUGUCAGUGCGGCUCUCUGUUAGUGUGUGUGUGUGUGUGUGUGUGUGUGUGUGUGUGUGUGUGUGUGUGUGUGUGCGUGUGCGCGCGCGUGUGUUUCUGUGAGUGUGUGUGUGUGGAUUAAAGAGACCACAUUCACCUCUUAGUGUCUGCACCUGCUUGUUCUGAGCUCCGCUGUCAGUUUUUUUUUUUUUUUUUUGCACUCUGCACCAUAAACCUGUCAGUGUGUGUAAAUGUGCGUGUGUGUGUUUAUGUGUAAAUAGAGUGAAGCAGUCUGUUCUUACUGUAAGUUUCUUGAUUUAAUUCAAAUUUGAGUAUCAUAUCAUGUAUUUAACUUUAAAUUUUUAUGUGUGUGCAUAUAUCUACUAUGUGUGUGUGCACCGUUAGUUUGUGUGUGUGUGUAUCCAUGGUUUGCAUACAAGCCUGUAGUUUGUGUAUUUAUCCCUAUUUAUGUGUGCAGCUUUUACUGUAUCUACCUCCAGUUUGUGUGUCUCACUUUUAUUUGUGUUUACUCUUUUAAUGCAUAUAUGUGUAUAUAUUAAUGUCUGUAUUUUUGUGUGUCUUAAAGUUUGUGUACUCUUAGUUCACCCUUUAUUUCUGUAUACAUUAUAUAUAUAUAUAUAUAUAUAUAUAUAUAUAUAUAUAUAUAUAUAUUUAUGUAUCCAUAAUUUGUGUUGGUUAAUUUAGUUUGCAUGUGUAUUUUGUAGUUUGUGUGCAUAUUUGAAGUUUAUUUGUGUAUCGUUGUUUUGUGUGCAUACCUUUACUUUAUUUUUUAGUUAUGUGUGUUUUUAAGUUCCUGUGAAGCGUUUUUUGAUGUUUAUUAGAAGUUGUUUGUUAUUAUUUUGUCUGUGUUACUUUAGUUUCUGUGCAUGUAUGUGUGUAUCUUUUGUUUGUAUGUCCCUUUCAUUUGUGUGUCACUUCUUUUUGCAUCUUUUAUUUCACUGUCCUUUUAUUUUUUGUGUGUAUCAUUUAAUUACGUGCAAAUCAUAAGUUUGUGUUGCAUCAUUAUUUGGUGUGUAUACCUUUAGUUUGUUUGUGUAUUUAAUAAGUUCUGUGUCUAUUUUCAGUUUAUGUAUGCAUCUUUGCUUCGUUUGUGUAUCUUUAGGUUAAAAGUGUAUUUUUGUUUAUCUUUAUUUUGUGAUUGUUUUUUAUUUGAUGUGUAUAUUUGAAUAACUUUUGAGCUUUAUCCUGAGUUUUUUUGUGUUUAUUUUUUUAGGUUGUGCGUCUCUUUACUUAAUGUGUCUGUCUUUGAUUUGUAUUUUGUGUUUGUGUAUGAUUAUUGUGCAGGAUAAUCUUGAUUUUGUAUGUGUAUUGAAGUGGUAAAAACGUUUAAAACCUGUUUUGUUCUGGUACUGCUUCAUCAAUCUUCUCUACCUUACCUAUGGGAGUUCAGGUACAAAAUAACCUACUGAGAUGAUUGACAGUUUCUUGCUGCUGUACCUUAUAAACAAACAGAUGAAAUCCCAUGUAUCAGUUCAGAUUAGAUUAUGUUGUUUCAAUACAAAUGCCAAUCAUCUGCAUCUACUCUGAUGAGACUCCAUGUUCUUGGUCAUGUGAUUGAUUUAUAGGCAAACCCUCUCACCACAUGUGGAGGCCGCAGACAGACUUAAAGGCAAAUUAAUGCAGAAAAAAAAACAAAUGUGUAAAAAUGAUAAACUUGAAUGCAGCUCCUACAGUGUGUGCAGCUUAUGUUUUUUUCCGGAGGGAAUUGAAAAUCAGUUAUUAAGAGGUUUUAUAUGCUUUUGAUCAGGAUAAGAUAGGAUAGAUAAUUUAUUCAUCUCAUUGUUUCAGCAGCUUUAAUCACAGUCAGACAAAAAAUAUCAAACUGUAAAUAUCACAGCCAAAUUAAAAAUUGGGACAUCAGCAAAAGCAAGAAAAAGGAAUUUACUAAAGCGAAUCUGAGAAAGGUUGGUAGAAGAUUUUCCAUCCUUGAUAAAAUAAAGAAGUAAAAUAAAUAUUCAUUGUGUGAAUUCAAGUUUGGAAAUAAUUAACAGAAUUUAAUGAAAUAAAAUUUGGGGGUAUUUAAUGUGUAAAUGUGUGUAUUUUAUUUUGUAAGUUUUGUCUGUUUUGCACAUAAAAAUAUUCUUAGCUGGUUUGUCCUCAUCCUCUCUCUCUCUCGCUCUCUCUCGCUCUCUCUCUCUCUCUCUCUCUGCACGAAUAAAGCUCACAUAAACUUCAUAGAUCCACCUAAAUAACGAGACAUUAACCGAUGGUGAAUAAAGCUGGGAUAAAAACAAAUCUAAGAAGCAAACAUGGAAAAAAUAUAUUUAAUAACACACAGCUGAGUUAUGUGAAAUCAUUUUGGAUCCCACUGCAAUGAGGAAAAUUCACAUUUGGUUUCAGAAAAUUGAAACACAUUUUUAUUAAAAUCCCUUGAAAAUAAUUCAGAAUUUCACUGCAAUGAUGCAAAAAACCUGGUAUUGUUUCUUCUCUGUUAUCCAAAAGAGAAACAAUAAACAAAUACAUCAUGACUGCAUGAAAAAUGUCUGAUAAAUCACCUUGAAGAACGAGACUUCAAUGAUAUUGAAUAAUAAUGAUUAUAAAUAUUAAUGUUAUUCAUUUAAGCAGCCCUGUGAUGAAACUGAGAGCUGUUACGUUGAAACAGUCCAACAGUGUCACAAUCUUUGUCGGAGAUGUGUACUACAGGUCGUCAAGGUGACGUGCAGGUGUGACCUGAAAUUAGCUGAGGGUGCAGUGAAGGUGUAGGUGUUAUGCAGGUGUGUAGCUACAGCAAGUUUAGCACAUUUGUAAUAAUGUAUAGGUGCAGCUGUAGCGAAAGUGUAGUUAAGGUGUAUAAAGUUUGUAGCACAGGUACACUGCAAGUGUUGUGUAGUAAGGUUGUAGUGUAUGUGUUGUGCAGGUGUAGAGAAGCUACAGCUGUGAUAUCAGCUCACCUGUGCGCAGAGAGGGUCAGAGGUCUUGGAUCAUGAAGUGACAAUGAGCACUUCAGUGUGUGGAGGUCAAAGGUCAUUUUGUGUGAGUGUGUGUGUGUUAGUGUGUAAGUGUGCACAUGCGUGUGUUAGUAAGUGUGUGUGUGGCCUGCAGGCUACACCCAUCUGGCCUUUGUUAGAAUGGGCAACUCUGUAAAGUAGAGUGUACUUGUUUUGUGAUAUGACCUGGAACAAACACAUGCAGACAUAACGAACACGUUCACAAACACACACACAUGCGCAUGUGCGCGCGCACACACACACACACACACACACACACACACACACACACACACACACACACACAUGCAGAAGCAGAUUUUAAGUUGGUGAGAUAUGAUUUGACAGAUUUCAGAUCCUCACACCUGCUGACACACACACACACACACACACACUCUAAAACACACUCCCUGUUACCAUAGCAACAAAUAAACAUGUUAAAUAGACAGAUCAUUGUAUUCGAUUUAGAGCACUUUGUCUGUUUCUUACUUUGUAUGAAUUCAUGGCGAAGAUGAUGAUGAAGAUUAUGACGAUGAGAGUCUAACUUUUUCCCUUUAUUUUCUCUUCUGAUUGGACAGCAGAGGUUGAGCAUCAUGAUGGCGGUCUGCUCUCAGACUGCCACCCUCCUCACCCUCUCAUCCUACCCCCUCACCCACUGGACCCGAGUCUGGGCCACACACUCCCACCUGGCCUGCAUGCUGACCACGACCUGCUGACAUGCGGUCAGUGUCAGCUAAGCCUGCCACUGGGCGACAUCCUCCUCUUCAUUGAGCACAAGAAGAAGCAGUGCAGCUUGCCGCUCCUGCCCAAUGGCUGCUAUGACAAGAUAAAUGAGCGAGGAGGAGGGGGAGGAGGGAGCCCUGCCCACCAUGGUUUGCAUCACCACACUCAGAGGGUGGAGCUCAGGAAGGUGGUGGAACCUGUGGAAGUCGGCAUCCAGGUGACGCCAGAGGAGGAGGAAGAGGGAGGAAGAAGAGGAGGAAAUGGUGGAGGAAAGGUGGGAGGAGAGGGAGGAGAAAGGAGAGAGAGAACACCAAUCAAAGGAAUCUGCCCCAAACAGGAAAAUCUGACAGGUAUGCACACACACCUACACACAGCUACACACACAGCUCUAACCUCUGUGUGCAGCCAGAUUAGUUUAGCAUAAAUACGAAACUAUGUGUUUUUAAAGCUGGACAUAAGGGGCUCUAUUUUCGUGCCUUGCCGGAGACGUGCCACAGGCGCGGCGUAAGUCAGGUCCGUCGCGCCGACAAGGUGUUCCCAAGCACAUUUUAGUAUUUUGGUGAGCAACGCAGCCUGGUGUAAGUAUCCCCCCUCCCUAACUCAGCUCCUCCCAGCGGCGUAAAUCGUAGCGAGGGAGGAGAGAGGGCGUGAAGUGGGUUUAACACAGCCGAGACCUGUUUUCACCAAUCACAUAAGCUCCUCUCCUUGCCUUUAAAUCCGCCACCGGCGAGGCGUAUUACUAUUUUCGUGAAGUAGUCAAAGAGAUCAAGAGAUGUCUGAAGACAGUAAUGCCAGACGAUGGCGACAGAAGGCAGCCCCUCAACAAGUGUCACUGUAAGCGCUGCAUUGGGCGUCCUCCACACUCUCUCAAAUGAGCACAGAUGGAUUUGGUGUGUGUAAGUUUGGACCCACUGGUAAGACAAACACCCUUUUCCACAAAUAAAGACACUCACAUAAAGUUGCAUAUGUUCAAACCUCACGUGACAAAGGUGGGUUGAGCGCACAAUUCACCACAUAAACUCCAAAAAUGGCAUUAAAAUCGGAAUAAAUCGGAAUAAAUUUGGCUCACAAAACUGAAUAUUAUAAUAUCUGUAUGUCGGCUUAAAGUAAAUAACUCAUCUGCGCACUAAAACAAAUCAUCUGUUCAGCUGCAGCAGGACGGAGAGAGGACACAGAGACAUGUCCAGGUCGAGCUGUGCGAGAAAUAAGAGGAAGAGGAAGAAAGAAAGGGAGGGAGACAAAUUAAAUAUCUUGUUAACUUCAUCAUGUGUGUCUAUUUACUAGAUAUUUAAUUUAAUUUAAUGUGGUUUCAGCUGUGUAGAUUCGGUCAGGUUGUGUGUCCAAACGCGUGCCAAACGCACUCAUCAGAUCAGAUAUAGAUCAGAAUAUAUCUAAAUAGAUCUAAAUGUAUGUACUGACUCAGAUUAUUCGUUGUUGUUGAUUAUUUAUUGCACUGAAAUGUGCCUGACACUGUGGAAACCUGCCGGUGAGGCAUCGGUGACGUAUGCCGAUACGCCAGCGGUCUACCAAAAUACUACUAGACCAGCUGCGCUCCGCCUGCACUGAAAGCUGGCCAGGUUUGAAUCGGCGAGCUUUCAGCGCACUUUACACGUCACUGGUGAGCACGAAAAUGUCACUGCGCCCGCUGAUUCUGUCGACACCUCCCCCUGCCACGCCACCACGCCCAGCUUGGCGGAUCUCGGUUUGCCUCCUUGCGCCUCAGUCCACGAAAAUACCAAACUGGCUGUACACCGGACUCCGCCAGAUGAAAAUACUGCGCGGGGUCUGCCACCCUCCGCCGCCUCACUGGCGUACACGAAAAUAGAGCCCAAGAGGUGAAGUAAAACUCUGUUGGAUUAAUUCCUCUGUAAACUGUUCACCCACUCACUCUUUAUGUGAUCACCUAGGGUUAAACUCAGCUGCAGCUCAGAGCUCGACAGCAGGAACCUUCAGACAAGCAGCAGGGUUAAAAACCCAUGGUCAAGUAGAAGACUCCUUACAGGUGAAAAUACAGACAGAGCCGGUCUGUAGUUCGGAAAACAGAGAUGGCGUUUGUUUGGAAGGGUGAUAGGAGGACUCUUUGCAGUGGGCUAAGCAUUGAUAGCCACCUUUUUCAGCCCCUGUACAGCUUUUAUUAAAACAACUGUUGUGAUGUUUUGACCAAAGAUUGAUGAUUUUUAGGGCUCUUUAAAAGGUUAAUAGAGGUGGGCAACAGCUUACAUAUUAAUAUUAUUAGUGGAGCAUGUUACAAUGACAGCAUCGGUGCUCGCCCUACAUUGGCUCCCUUGUUCUGCACACGCUCAGUGGAGAAGACCCAUUCAGGCAUUCAGGACAAAUUAACAAUAGACACAAAAACCAAAUCUCAGAUCUUCAUACUCCUUUUCUUUGUUUUCAUCACCAUAUCCUAUUGUACUAAAUAUGGUCAUUAUGAAUUAAAUGAUGUAUCAAUUGUUAGGUAAUCAAUAAUUACAUAGUAAAAACAGCUGUAAAACCUACAAGCAUCAGCUACACACACCCAAACACUAAAUAUGACGACAUGAGACUCCGUCAGGGGUGUCUCUAUUAAUCACCCUGCUGCUCUCAUUUCAAUAUUAACAUUUACUUUAAUCAUCAGAGCCAGACACAGGCAUGCAUAUUCAUAAUACACACACACACAUACACAAACGCGCACACACACACAAAUAUUCUCUGUGGGGACUGGGGACAUGGACUUCCUUUAUGGCAGAAACUGAAAAAAUGAAUUUACGAUUUUGAAGAAAGUGAAAGGGUUAAUAAGUCAUUUUAAAAUAUGGAUAUUUCAUUAGGCCAAGUUCUUUAUUUUUUAGGGAUUUGCAUUUUGCACACAGGCUUUAAAGUCCAACAAGAAGACUUGUCCACAAAUGGUUUGUUUUCUCGAGUAUAUGCUAGCUAAUCUUACACUCAUGUACAUGUUUUUAAUACUUUGUGAGGGCAAUGUACUAAAACCUUUCAUGUAGACUAAUACUUAAUGUGGCUGGACAGGUGGAGAAAAUUGAUUUACCACCAGAAGUGAGUGAGGAGUUUAAGUGUCAUACUUAAUUUAGGGCUGCAGAAACUCAAACAUGCACUGAAUUUUCUGGAGAAAAAUCCAAAAAGCAAAACUGUCUUCAGAAGAUUUUCUAUCAAGGCUUGGUCCUCACAAGGACACAAAGACAAAUACACACUAACAUAGCUAGCCAUGGUUGCUAACUAGAGCUUACCUGCAAACUAGUGUAAGUUGUGUGAAGGUGUUCCUGCAGUGUGAGCAGGCAGUGUGUGUGACCUGUGUUGUGUGUGUAUGUGUGUGUUUGUAGGCUCAUCUGCAUAAUGACUCUGUAGUUCUGCAUUAAUAACAUUUGCAUAUGAAGCCGUGUUAAUUACUGCUGAUCAGCAUGCUCUGCAUUCAUGCAUGCUAAUUCUCAGACACACGCCAAAAUGGAUGUCCUAACAUCAGGGAGAAGACUGCUCUGUAAGUGUGUGUGUUUGUGUGUGUGUUUGUGGAUUGAUGGAGAUGAUGAAGGUGGUGGUGUGGUGGUCUGAAAUUUGCUUCAACUGUAGAGAGUGAAGGGAGAUGCUUUUCAGUGACUCCCUCUCUCUCUCUUUUUGGCAGGUGGCCAUGUGUGGAUCUAUUGUUUACUUUCAGUUCUUCAUUUCAGACUCUUAUUUUCUCUCAGCUCUUCAGACUGAGCUGUUUGAUCAGGACGGGUAGAUUCAGUGUUUUAUGAAUGAGGUUCGGUUCUGACAGGAACACGUUUCUGGCUGUAUUUGAAACAUGUGACCAUCAAAGACAGUAUACAGUAUGAACUGUACUAAAUACUGCAGUAGAGGGGAGUAUGUCUUUAGACUGUUUUGUCGGUUCUGUUUUGCACUGUGUUGAUUCAGGCUCUGCUGGUUGUAAGCUUCUGUGAGUGAAAAAAGAUCCUGGCAAAUUAGAUUAGAUUUCAGUUUUGAUUAUGAUUUUGGCCCUCUGUGUUCCUAAAAAUAUAAUAACUAAUAUUGCUGUGUUGCCCAUGUCCUCUAUGUUGAAUGAAGUGCAUGCUCUUUCUUGGUUAACAGUAGCCUGGCCCCUCCCCUCAAACAGUUCACACUCCAAGUGAUGAUGCACCUGAACAUUUUCUGCCGUAAAACAGAAAAAAAGAGAAAUGUUUGAGCUGCGUGUUGAUAAAAACAGUACAAAAGAAAGACUAAUCUGCUGCAGAUUAGGCUUUUGCUUGCAUAUCACAUUCAAGGUUUUUAGUCAAAUCAGUGCCUGCUACUUGUAUGUAAAGCACUUUCAAAUACAGGCUCUGUCUGUUUCUCUGACCACCCUGAGUAAAGCUGUCUCUGAAGGAUGAAGUACAGGGGUUGAUGUACAAAGAAUAAACUGCUAUUGCUUGUAAAAUGAAGAAUUGUGCAUCGUUUGCCCUCGGUCCCUGCAUCUACACCUGCAGAGUAAACUGUGCUAAUCAUAUUCAAGAGCAAAAACAUCUGCUCAAUUCUGCAGCUCUGUGCAAUUUGCUCCAGUUGUAUUUUACCAAGAUGAGCUGUCCGCAUCUCUGUGAGCACUUCAGAGAGACAUCUAUUAGAUAUGAUGAUGCAGGCUUUGAAUGUAAAGAUGUGAAAUCAGUGCCAGCCAAUUGGCACAGUAUUUGAGAAGUUUUAAUAUUCAAAAACAUUUUUCUGUGAAAACCUGAAUUUUUCUUCUCAUGUUCCUCCGAGUGUUAAAUUAUUUUCUCAAUUACUGAAAAGUUUGAGCAUAAUGCUUAAACAAACUAUUGCACAGUUACCAGCAACUUGCAGCACUCUGUGUGCUGCUGUUUGUGAAUCAGGUGUAUCUGUUCUGAGGCUCAUCUGUACAAAAAGGGACAUGUUUUGUUCCUGGUAAAUAGAUAAUGAAGAAAAGUAUGUAGAUGCUAUUUGCUCUGCAUAGCAGUUUGUGCAUGCUUUGUGAAUGAGGUUGUGGCUUUUUUUGCGCACAAUCAGUAGUUGCAAAAGUUGCACAGUUCGGUUAAUCAUGCUCUCAGAGUUUUAUGAUAGAGGUCUGUUCUUGAUGUUGAGUGAGGUGAUGAGAGAGCUCAGUGGGUAAAGCCAGGAAAUUAGGUACAGUGUAAGCAGAACAAAUAUUAUGUAAUGGCGUGUGUGAGCAACAGUUUGUUGUGUGUCACUUCCAUUUAUAAAGCAGACACACACACGCACAUGCACACAUAAGCUGCUCAGCCUCUCUACUCAACCUUUUUAUACCCAGUCAUGUUACUAACCUGUUGGAAAUUAGUUGGAGAUGUUCCUCCAGCUGUGUAUUUUUUAGUAUUACACAACUUUUUACCUGUUUGAUUGUUCCUCUAUAAGAACUUUAAACCUGUUUUGUUUUCCUUGUCACUACUUUUUGAAAAUGUGUUGCUCACUUAAGUUUAGACUUGUUAUACCUCAGAUAUCAUUCAUCACUGCUUUAAACUCACCUGAUAUAAACUCUGGCGCUCCUUAAUGCUGUAGCUUCACUCCCUCUGUAUCCAGGAUCAUACACACUCCUUGGCUCUCUUUCUCUCACACACACACAGUGAGUGUUGAUGCUGUGGUUUGUACAGAGACACACCUGAGCUGUGUGAGUUUCUGUCUGUCCUCUCAGUGUUUCUGGGAUUAGCAGACGUGUUUCUGCAUCAUGACCGCUCCUCUCCUCCACAAUGAGCUGCUGCUGUUCAAAUCGCCACUUAACCAAAGCUCAUUUCUCACAUGGGUAGCUGAGAGGGGUAUUACGGGCCUGUAUGUGUGUGUGUGUGUGUAUGUGUGUGUGUGUGCAGCGUGAAGAGAGUUACAGAGGAUUUAAACACUCAUUACAACUAAAGCUCUGUGUGUCUGUGUGAAGGUGGAAUGCUGAGGGUAACACACCUCACUGGACUGUUUCCUAAGGACUGUUACAGUAACUUUUCCCCCCUCACCACACACACACACACACACACACACUGCGUCCCUCUCUGCUGUGUGUCUGCUUCCUCUCACAGCCUUAUAAGGUCUUCCAGCUCAGGCCAGCACUCCCAUCCUUACCCCCCUCUAACCUCCGUCUGGUCUGGAUCUGCUCCCUUCCUCGACCUGGACUGCCAUCUCGGCAUAAACAAACUGAGUCUGACCAUAACACUGACACCACUGCUCCUUCAUCACCCUUCUCCUCCUCCUCCUUCUCUCUCUGAUCACAUGACUCCUCUCCCUUAUAUUCAGUCGCUGAGAUGAGGACACCAAUCAUGUUGGAGGACAGAAUUAGUCAGUAUGUCUGCAUGAUGCAUCUGUGAUCACUCUAAUCUGCAGCUCUGAGGUCAGACUAACAUACCCAGAUAUUGCAGGUGUUCAGUUCUCACUCAGACCCAAACUGGCCUCAGUGUUCUGCAAAUGAUCUACAGUUUGCACGCUUUGCUUUGACCCAGAAAUCAAACAGCCCACACGUGCAUAAGGAAGCUAAGUGGUAAACAAAACUUCAACAGGAGGAGAAGAAGAAGAAGAAGAAGAUAUUCAUAUUGCAUGAAUAAUAGGGGCACAGACUGACUUUGGCUGAUCGAGUCCCAGCAAAUCUGUUGCACCCGCUCUGGUCUGAAUGCAUACUUUCAAACUCAGGGUGGUGGUGCAAAACCAUUUUCCCCUGGGGAUGAUAAAAGUUGAAUUCAUUCACUCAAAGUUGUUCAUGUUUUCACCGUGUCUUCAGUUUUAUUUUACUUAAAAAAAAAACAAUUAAAAAAAACGUAGCUUUUGGUCUUUCCAGUAUUGUGCAUAUUUAUAGAACUUAUUUACUACAAUAUUUGAUCUGUGCUCUUAGUUUAAUGGCAUUGUUUGGUUUGCACAAACCGGUGUGUUCCUUGGAAUUGAAGAUUGCAUUUGAUUGAAAAACUUAAGACCAGGUUUGUCCUGUAACCUUUUCCAGAACCUUGGGCUCUAUUUUCAUGUCUUGCCGGAGACGUGCCGCAGGCGCGGUGUGAGUCAGGUCCGCCGCGCCGACAAGGCGUCCCCAAGCACAAUUUGGUAUUUUGGUGAGCGGCGCAGCCCAGCGUAAGUAUCCCCCCUCCCUAACUCAGCUCCUCCCAGCGGCGUAAAUCGUAGCGAGGGAGGAGAGAGGGCGUGAAGUGGGUUUAACACAGCUGAGACCUGUUUUCACCAAUCACAUAAGCUCCUCUCCUUGCCUUUAAAUCCGCCACAGGCGAGGCGUAUUACCAUUUGCGUGAAGUAGUCAAAGAGAUCAAGAGAUGUCUGAAGACAGUAAUGCCACACGAUGGCGACAGAAGGCAGCUCCUCAACAAGUGUCACUGUAAGCGCUGCAUUGGGCGUCCUCCACACUCUCUCAUAUGAGCACAGACGGAUUUGGUGUGUGUAAUGUUGGACCCAGUGGUAAGACAAACACCCUUUUCCACAAAUAAAGACACUCACAUAAAGUUGCUCAUAUUCAAACCUCACGUGACAAAGGUGGGUUGUGCGCACAGAUCACAACAUUAACUCCAAAAAUGGCAUUAAAAUUGGAACCAUCUGUGCGUAAAUGACGCAUCGCGCUCCGUGGCCUGGCUCUUUCUUUCAUACAUGUUGGCAUAUAGAAUAAAUUUGCCUCACAAAACUGAAUAUUAUAAUAUCCGUAUGUUGGCUUAAAGUAGAUAACGCAUCUGAGCACUGAAACAAAUCAUCUGUUCAGCCGCAGCUUCAGCAGGACGGAGAGAGGACACAGAGACGUGUCCAGGUCGAGCUGUGCGAGAAAUAAGAGGAAGCGGAAGAAAGAAAAGGAGGGAGACAAAUUACAUAUCUAGUUAACUUCAUCGUGUGUGUCUAGUUAUUAGAUAUUUAAUUUAAUUUAAUGCGAUUUUAGCUGUGUUGAUUCGGUCAGGUUGUGUGUCCAAACGCAUGCCAAACGCGCUGAUCAGAUCAUAUAUAGAUCAGAAUAUAUCUAUACAGAUCUAAAUGUAUGUGCUGACUCAGAUUAUUAGUUGUUGUUGAUUAAUUUUUGCACUGAAGUGUGCCUGACACUGUGGAAACCUGCUGGUGAGGCAUCGGUGACGUAUGCCGAUACGCCGCUGGUCUACCAAAAUACUACUAGACCAGCUGCGCUCCGCCUGCGCUGAAAGCUGACCAGGUUUGAAUCGGCGAGCUUUCAGCGCACUUUACACGCCAGUGGCGAGCACGAAAAUGUCACUGCGCCCGCUGAUUCUGUUGACACCUCCCCCUGCCACGCCACCAUGCCCAGCUUGGCGGAUCUCGGUUCGCCUCCAUGUUAGGAUUCCUAACUCAAGAACAAAAAGUAUCAGACGGUUAACUUGUAAAACUCUGUGCAAAAAGUGUACUGUGUUUGUUAUUACAGCGAAGAUUGUGAAUCUGAAAUUUCGAAAAAAAAGACAUCAUGAUCUCAUGGUUUCAUGAUCCACCUGAGUCCCAGUUGACUUGCAGACAGACUCUCAUCCCUCAGUGUGAUUGGAUAAAAGCUCAUAGACUCAUCAUGCAUGAUCCAUAAAACUUUACAGUUAAACACAUUAACAGGGAUAAACAGAGUUAUUGUUACAAUAAAUAAUGAGGCUGACUGUGUUUGUUCCCUCACAGUUCGAUCCGCACACACACUCAAAUCCCAAGGUCUGUUUGUGUGUGUGUGUGUGUGUGUGUGUGGUGUCCAGGAUUAUAGGGACAACAAGCAGGGGUUUGUGGAGGACAAGAGCUCCUUUCUGCCAACACACAUUAAUUCAUGUACAUUGUUCACACGCACAAGCACGCAUGCACGCACAAGCACGCACACACACACACACACACACACACACACACACACACACACACACACACACACACACACACACACACACACUCCUAAGGUGCAGCGGUGCAGGCCAGUGUGUGGGAUUAGCUGGUACGCUCUGGCACUCUCUCCUGGUAAUCCUUCUAAUUUGUUAACAGGACACACACACACACACACACACACACACACACACACACACACACACACACACACACACACACACACACACACACACACACACACACACACACACUCCUGCACUGACUCCUAAACCCUCUCAUUCUGCUCGGCUGUAACACGUUAUAGAAAAUGAUAUAUUUAUUUAAUUGUAUCAGAGCAAAAUCCAAAUACAGGCUGAAAUGUAUUUUAAAAACUGAACCCUUAGAAAGAUGUGGCCGUGACAGUUCAUUUUGCUGCUUUGCAUGGCCUCUGCGUAAUGUCAUUUCAGUGCGGCUCUGUGUUAUCUGUGCACCUGUGACAUUGGGUCUGUUAUGUGUAACACACAAAGGUGUAACGGUGGGUGAAGUUGCCUCUCUCAUGGGUAGGAACAGGAGUGAAAGGGGUGAAGAUGUGUAGUGUUCGAUUUCAUUUGGAUUUUGAAUUCAUUUGAGCAGGCUGGUCAUUUUCAGCACCAUUUAAGACCAGUGUUUCUGCUUGUGUCUUUUAGAGAAGGGAUUUUUGCAUCCGAAAAAAAAAUCUGCCAAAAAAUGAACUGCAGCUUCUGCAACCUCUUUUUAAGGAAAGUUGCAGAUUUCAUUAUUUCUUUCAUGAAGUUUCUUUUCAAGCGCCUUGCAAUCACCCUUAAGAGGAAACAAACAAGUGAAGCCUGAAGAAUCCAAAGAUCUCCUGUAAGAAUAAGAACUUAAUUUAUCCCCAAAGGGAAAUUCAAUAGGUAGGUCAAAGAGGCACAGACACAACAGUGCUUCAACUCAUUUUGUCACCAGCUCCAUUGCUUUAAACAACCGCAAUAAUAUAUGAAGUAAAACACUUGGUUGCAUAUCUGGCAGAGGCAGAAUCGAUACAAAUUAUCGAACCUGCAAUCAGUGCUAUAACUGCAUGGUCUUAUUUUAUCUAUGCAUGCAUUCUCAUGUACUUCAGUGUGUGAACGGAGGCCUCUCUGUGUGAACUGCUGUAACUCUCUGUUGGGCUGUGCAGGAUUGCAGCAGAGUUGAACCUCUCCAUUAUUAAGCUCCUGAUCCCUCAGAAAAGAUGAUGGAGACAGUCCAGUUCUCACCUAUAAGUGUUUCCACUGAUCUAUGAUUAUUACUGGAGUGCAUUUGGCUAUAUUUGGAGUUUGCAGUAAAACAGAUAAAAUACUUAAUAAAGACCAAGCAGGGUUAAACCGCUGAAUGUUGCGAAACAUGCACUAACUGGUUUGAACACAGUUACUUCUGUAAACCUCUUUUGUCAUCAGUACUGCUGCACAUGUGCAGCUCUCCACAAAGGAAUAGGGAGAGUUCACCUGCAAGCUUCAUUCUAUAUUUGCUGUUCAGUUGGAUUCAUGUAUACUGGUCAGGUUGGGGCUGCAUACCUGCGUUCGUGGGAAUGUUUCAGAGAUGUGAUGAUGGGAAAUUACUACAGUGUUUCAGAUUUUAUUAUUCAGAUUUUAUUGGGUCAGAUCUUAUUCUUAUUAUUUGGGUUUACAGCUUCAAGCACUGCAUUAGGUCAUGAUUACUAUAUUCAAGCAUGAGCAUAAAGUGACAGGAAGAUGGCGGCCAUUGGAUUAUGAUCUAUGCAUGGUUCUGCUGGGGGCAGCAGUUGGAGGUCACAAUGAGCUUGUUUUGGGGCAACAGCUGCACUACAGACACAGAGACUGAAUGCUUUAUACUAGGACAUUAUUUCCUCUUUGGAUAGAACCAACAGAUCAGUGAAAGUCAAUACAUGGAGAAUUCCCAAACUUGCAAAAUUGUAACACCCAUAUCUCUGCAAACCUGCAACCCUGAGCAUGUUUUCUGCUUCUGGACUGAGACCAGGGUACAGUCCUGACUUACACCAUGUGGACAUGCACAUUUUUUUCUGAAAAAGAGCAGGCAUGCAGAAAACUGCAAUGGCCUGAAAACUGGACAUUGUGCAGCUGAAAAAAUUUUUUUUUCUUCAGUAUUCUGUUUGCACAUUAAGGAGUUUUAGCCUCGCUCCAUCUGCAGAGGUCAUUUAAGAGCCUGCUCUGCAUGUGGAUACUUGGUGUGUUGAAUGAUUUGUAAAUCUCUGUAUGUGCUGUAGCUUCGCAACACUGUCAGUUAUACCCAUGAUGUCUUUGUGAUAUCUAUGAUUCAGGAAGAAAAUGCGUUUGAUGUAACCUUUGUCAAAGUAAAAAUCUUUUUUUUAGUAUAUUUUUAGGCUUUAUUAACAGAGGGCAGCAGAAAUGGGGGCAAGUGGGCAACAGCUUGCAGGAGUAGGGUCUCAGGGUUGAAUCACUCAGAUGCUCUUACACCACUAGGUUGUUGGCACCCUGGGAAAAUCGGAAUCAUCUCAAGAGUGUUUCUCACCAUCUGUCUCAUCAUCUGCAUGUGGACAGAUUUGAGCACUGUCAGGAUGAGAGUGCACAGCACAGCUCUGAGCAGCUGAGAGAGGUGAUACUGGCAGCUUAUCAGAACAAUCAGCUGUAAGAUAGAAGCAAACAGCACAGAGCUGCAAAACUUUGUGGGUAGGAUUGUACUCCAGUAUUAUAUGUGCAGUAUGCUUUGUGGUUUAAAUGGUGCAGAUAGCGAGACAACAGAUGCACAAUUUGAGGUGCUAAAACCUAUCCUUGGUGAAUCCCCCCCCUCAGUGUUUGCAGGAAAUUAGAUGACAGUUUGAUUUCUGUGUGAGCGUGUGAGAAAUGAUAUACCUCGUAAAUGAUUUAUCCUCUCUAUACUGCUGGUGUGUGUGUGUGUGUGUGUGUGUGUGUGUGUGUGUGUGUGUGUGUGUGUGUGUGUGUGUGUGUGUGUGUGUGUGUGUGUGUGUGUGUGAUAGAGAAAGAGAGAGAGGGAGGGAGAGAGAGAGAGAGAGAGAGAGAGAGAGAGAGUGUGUGCAUGUGUGUGUUCCUUUUUAAGAAAUGUAAAAACAGACACAUCUUUAUUAUCCUCAGCAGGCAGCACUCGCUCCUCUCACAUUCAUCCAAACAGGCUGCUGCCAGAGUGUGUGUGAGUGUGUAAGCGGGUGUUUUUGUAUGUGUCUGUGUGUGUGAGUGUCUGUUUGUGUGUGUGAACAAAUGUGAGCCAAACAAAACACCUUCAGAGGGCAGAGCUGAAAAAAAAAGAAGAGAGAGAGGUUGUAUGAAUGAACACAGGUUUUAUUGUUUUGAGGUUUUAGCAGAUAUUUUCUGUCUGUAUUUUAAAUUGUUGUUUGUUGGGUUUGUUCUCAUCAGUUAUCUCUCAGUUUAAAAUCCUAAAAUGAAAUAAAAAAAAAAACUCCUUUACAAUGUCUGAUUAGCUUUCUGAAAAUGUUUACAAACAUACCUGAACAGGAUCAACAAAUACCGUGUUGCAAGUUAAACUGUGAAGCAAAGUGAUUCAGGACCCAUGCAGUGAUUUCCACUACAGAGUCCCGUCUGUUAUUAAUGCAGUGCUACCUGAGGGCCUGAAGAUCAGGACCAUCCAGUAAUGGUCCUGUAGAUGAUCCAUGUAGAGGCACCUUACUAUAUUGAUAUGUGGAUCAAGUGUCAUAAAUAAUACUCAGAUUUUUUCAGACAGCUUUGCAUGGAUCAUUUUUCUUACAGAGAGGUGUUUGAUUCUUAAAGGCUGUGCAGGGUGGAAGAUGUUAGAGACAGACAGUGAACUAGUCAAGCAUGCCCCCCUUACACAAAGACACACACACACACACACACACACACACACACACACACACACACACGCUUAAUGUAACCACAUGUACAGUAGGUCAUAAUUUAAACAGUGUGUACUAGACAGAAAAAAGGAGAAAAGGUUUUUUCUCUCACCCCCUUCUUCACACACUCUCAGACACGCACACACACUGUCUAUUAAACAUGGUCAGUCUUUCUCUCUCUCUCUCUCUCUCUCUUUCACACACACACACACACACACACACACACACACACACACACACACACACACACACACACACACACACACACACAGUAUUGUAGUGAAUAAUGCGCAGAUUAAAUAGAGUCGUAUAUUAAAGUACAGCUGACAUUAGAAUUAGCAUAAUGUGCUCUCGCCUCAGGCUCCAUGCUUUAUUUGCCAUCUGCGCUGGACUGCCUUCCCCUGGGAGGUCGCACACUCACACACACAAACACACACACUUGCAAACACACACAAAUGCACACCAACGUAAAAUAAAGCCCUCACUCCUCACAUGGUGGACAGAGAGAAAUAUUUUGCUGCAGGAAUAUAACAACGCCCUGAAAACUUAACCCUGACCUGUUCCUUACACACACACACACACACACACACACACACACACACACACACACACACACACACACACACACACACACACACACACACACACACACACACACACACACACACACACACACACACACACACACACACACACACGCACAUACAAUGUUAAUUGUGUGGGCACAAAUGAAUGUCUUUCUUCUCAGUAACCUAAGGCAUUCAACUAAAAGAGAGAAUACACACACUCUCACUCUUUUCUUACUUCUGGAUUGAUGUGUAGAGUGAGCAAAAAAGGAAGGGUGAGGAGGGGUGUUUUUGUAAAGUAAAGAGACUCCGUAAAAUGGCUUUUUUCUCUAAGAGAGGUUGAUGAGACUGACAAGCUUUGUGUGUGAGCGUGUUGUUUUUGUGCACUUUUAAGGACUAUUCUUCUUGCACAGCCUAUCUUUCAGGGACAAUUUUUUUGGGGUGGAUAUUUUGCAAUGUUUGCACAAAUUCCUUUUUUUAAUGAUUCCCUUUAGCCUCUAUCUUGUUGGUAUGUAUUUUGAAGUGACAUUUUAUCUCUCAACUCCCUUCUCAUGGUAUUAUAGUAUUUUUGUGUCAUGCCAGCUACAUGAAAACUGUAGUUCACACAAAGAAUGUACAUUUAGCUGUUUGAUCCCAGCUCCUCCAGUCACAAGCUUAAGUCUGUUUGAGUGAGACACCGAACAUUGUAUAUAUAUUUUAUUAAGAUUAAUUAUAUAAAUUUUUUUUUCCUUCAAAAAUGUCUGUGCUCGCAGACAUGGAUUAAAAACCCAAUUCAAAACUGAAUCUGAAACAUAAACUUCUUUUGUUUCUAUUUAAGGUAUUUUAUAAUUCACACCUUAAACUUUUGCAGUAUCAAGUACAAUCCAUGUAAACUUAAUGCUUGUAUGUGUACAGGUUUCUCUUUAGCAGGGUCCUGCCAACAAAAAAAAACAUCAGAAUGCUCAUUAACACAGAAAAUGUCUUUUUCCCUCAAUAAUCUCUGACAGCAGAAUGUGUGCCACAUGUUCUAAUGCUGUUCUACCUGGUUUAAAUGUCCUAAUGAAGUUACUGAUUGUGUAUCUGUUUUCAUUUCUGGAUUUCAGGCGGCAGAGAUGAGCCUUCCAGCUACAUCUGCACCACCUGUAAGCAGCCAUUCCCCAGCGCCUGGUUCCUGCUGCAGCACGCUCAGAACACACACGGUAUUCGCAUCUACCUGGAAUCCAACCCCUCCAGCACCGCCCUUACCCCUCGCAUCGCUAUGCCUCCCCCCAUGGGCAGCGACUCUAUUCCACAGUCUCCCCUUACCAACUUCCUGGGAGACAGCAACCCCUUCCACCUCCUGAGGAUGACGGGCCCCUUGCUCCGAGAGCCCCCUCCAGGUUUUGUGGAGAACCGCCUCCAGAACACACCUCCUUUUGUCAGCCCGCCUCCUCGACACCACCUGGACCCCCACCGGCUGGAACGGCUCAGCGCAGAGGAAAUGGGCCUCAUCUCCCAGCACCCCAGUGCCUUUGAGAGGGUGAUGCGGUUGACGCCCAUGGCCAUGGAGUCCCAGUCGAUGGACUUUUCCAGACGGCUACGAGAGCUGGCAGGCAACACCAACAGCACCACCCCACCACUGUCACCCAGCAGGGCCAACCCUAUGCACCGACUACUCAACCCUAACCCCUUUCAACCCGGGCAAAAAUCACCCUUUCUGACCACGCCUCCAUUACCACCAAUGCCCCCGAACAGCACUACCCCUCCCCAGAACCAGAACAAGGUCAAGUCCUGUGAGUUCUGUGGAAAAACCUUCAAGUUCCAGAGCAACUUGGUGGUGCACCGGCGCAGCCAUACCGGAGAAAAACCAUACAAGUGCCAGCUGUGUGACCACGCCUGCUCUCAGGCCAGCAAACUGAAGAGACACAUGAAGACACACAUGCACAAAGCUGGCUCUUUAACAGGGAGGUCCGAUGAUGGACUAUCCACCACGAGCUCCCCGGAGCCAGGAACAAGUGAUGUCACAGGGGAGGGCAUGAAGAACCGUGAUGGGGACUUCCACGGGGAAGGCAAUGAGGAGGAAGAGGAGGAGGAGGAGGAGGAAGAACUGGAGAACGAGAGUCGACCAGAAUCCAACUUUAGCAUGGAGUCUGAGUUCUACAGGAACAGGGAGAAUGGAUCUAAACCACAUUCGGAGGAGAAGUCCUCAUUCAACCUGGAUAAGAUGGUGGACGGUGCAGGACUCAACUCAAUACAACAGUACAAUAACUUGAUCGUUGACAAUCGGAAACAGAUGCCCUUCUCAAAGAGGUGCUCUGAUGGCCAGCGGGACACCGGGGAUGAGGACUCAGUGGCCGGGGAGAUGGACCACCACCAGCCAGAGGAGAGGACAACCAUUAAUGGCAGGAAUUGUGGCUCCGGUGACUCUUUCUCAGGCCUGUUUCCUCGUAAACCCACACCUAUCACCAGCCCCAGCCUGUCCAAUUCCUCCAAUAAGAGGAUCAAGAUUGAGAAGGACUUGGACAUUCCCCCUGCCACCCAUAUUCCCUCUGAGAACGUGUACUCCCAGUGGUUAGUGGGUUAUGCUGCCUCACGCCACUUCAUCAAGGACCCUUUUCUCGGCUUCACUGACUCCAGACAAUCGCCCUUCGCCACUUCCUCAGAGCACUCAUCUGAGAACGGCAGCCUGCGGUUCUCCACACCUCCUGGAGACUUGUUGGAUGGCGGGCUAUCAGGUCGCAGCGGUACCGCUAGUGGAGGCAGCACACCUCACCUGAGUGGAAGUGGCGGUCCUGGUCGACCUAGCUCUAAGGACAGCAGGAGGUGUGACACCUGUGAGUACUGUGGUAAGGUGUUCAAGAACUGUAGCAACCUGACAGUGCACCGGCGCAGCCACACCGGAGAACGGCCCUAUAAGUGUGAGCUGUGCAACUACGCCUGCGCUCAGAGCUCCAAGCUCACGCGCCACAUGAAGACUCACGGCCAGCUGGGUAAGGAGGUGUAUCGCUGUGACAUUUGCCAAAUGCCAUUCAGCGUGUACAGCACUCUAGAAAAACACAUGAAAAAGUGGCACGGAGAACAUUUGAUGACCAAUGAGGUCAAAAUCGAACAAGCAGAGAGAACCUGAACCCUGUUCCCAAAUGUCACACUGACUUAAUAGUGAACUCAACAGGGAGCUGGAAACUCUUUUUCUGAAAUGUUAAUUUAGUUUUUUGUGUUUUUUAAAAAACUGCCAACUGAGAACAAAAAGUGGAGACACCGUCCUAACGCCGAGUGAAGCUGUCUAACUGCCUCAUUUGGAGUUCCUUUUGAAACAAUCAGUCAGUUGAGUUUGAACAUAUGUGGAGCCUUUAACUGUGCAAUAAUUUAUGUAUUUAUUGGAUUUUGUAUUUUGGCAUGUGCAGGUAUGUUUUUAUUUAGGCAUUUUUUAAAAGUUGUUUGAUUUAAUUUUGCGUUACUCUGUUUUUUAAAAAUCCCACAUGAUAUCCUGAGAGUUUUGUAGGAGACUAAAGUCCAUUUUCAGUCUGAAAUCUUUUUGGCCGCUGCUUGUAGGAAAUUGUACAUUAAGCUAAAUGUGAGAUUUGUCAAAGAGGAGCUUAGUUCAAUCUGACGUGGCGUUAACUGAGAACGCUAGAAUUAGAUUAUUUUGUGUGAUGACGAAACGCGGACAACAAUCCUUUGGCUCUGUAGCAUGAACAGACUUUAAACAUGUCAAUUAAAUUGGAUAUGUAGCACUGAGUGUCAGAUGUGACAGUAAAUGUAAAAAACAAGAGGAUCCCAAGGUGUUUAUGCCCCGCCUCCUCCUGUGACAUCACAACCAGCCUGAAGACAGACAAACAUUUUUUUAAACAUAAGGCAGCUGCUGCUGGGAAAAAGUACCACAACCCAACAACGCUACUUUGAACAUCUAAAAAAUACACCCUCCAAACGCCUGAACACACACCCUCCAAACACCUGAACAGACACCCUCCAAACACCUGAACAGACACCCUCCAAACACCUGAACAGACAUCCUCCAAACACCUACACAUACACCCUCUUUACACCUUAACAUACACCCUACAAAAACCUGAACACUCUCCCACCUAACACUUGAACACACUGACCUAUGUCUGAAUCUAUUUUUCUUUUUUUUUUUAUUUAAAUGUGGUGAUCUCGUGCACUGACUCUUAUCUCACUCUUAUCUCAUUUCCUUUCUAGUUUUGUUGGAUCAGUCUUUUUACCCAAUCAGCAUUGACCUUUGUCAGAACCUGACUGUAAUGACACAACAGUGUUUGACCUGCACACCUUAAAUCCUGUAGGUCAUCUCACACUCACACUGUCUCUUUAUUAAAUGCUCAUAGUGUGUGGUUCAAGCUGAACUUACACCAGUUGAGACUUUUAACCUGUGGAGGAGACACAAACUAACAAGACUUUGACCCUCCAGUUAUCUGUUUCAGAACUCUGAAUCUGUCGACAUUGAAAUUAGCGAAACUCUAAGUUUUAUGUAUCAUGGCAGUAACUCAGACCAGAGAAAGACGAGGAACUCAAGCCCGUUUCAGAAGGACAAGUUACUGGAGCUGCAAACCUAACUCAGUCCAGAGCAGGUUCCUCUUCCAUUUUUCUUUCCACAGAGCCAGUCUCGUUUCUGUUUUUGCAUUCAUUCAUUCAUGAAGUCAGUAUCACUCACAUAUUCACAGUAAUUCAGCUUUCUUUUAAUCAAAAACCUGCUGCAUUUGUAAAGUCUGUUGACAAUACUAGUCUAUGCAUUAUACUUUAUAACAGUGCAUGGCAUUGAAUCUUAAAACCUGUAUUUUAGGGACAUGUUCAGAUACCCACCUAUUUAAGCAUUUUUCUUAUCAAGCCUCAUGUCCCCAACUUAACUUUUACUUCCCAUCAGACUGUAUUUUGUUGUUAUAUCCAUAUUUUUAAUUCACAGCUGCUUCAAAGUUUACAUUUAAAUGAAAAUACAUAUCAGGUUCAGUACCAUGUUAUAAGUUUUAUACGUUAUAUGAUAGUAUGAUAUGGUCAAAUUUUAAUCUGGCUAAUUAAACCAUAAACUUACAUGUUGCAGCAGCUCCCUUUCCUGCUAUAUCUCUCUUUCUUUCUAAAAUUAUGCUCAAAUUUGCUUCAUGCGUGCAUGAGGACUUUCUGAUGCCACAGGAGUAAAGUAGAUAGACCUGUCAUUUUAUAUUUUCGUAUUUAAUAUCCAGACUUCAUUAAUGUCGUCUCUAUAAAGUCUCAAGUGUGAGUGAACCCACUCAAAGAUGAUCGAACUAACUCAAAUCAGAGUUUCCAGUUUGAGGUUAGCCCAGAGUUAGCUGGGUUGGCUGCACUGAUUUAUUUAUUUAUGGUUAAUUAAAUUUAUCUGAAAGCAGUCCCAUUUUACCAUAAAGAAAAAAUGAUUUAGGAUUUUAGUCUCCCCUUAAAACCAGACAUAUCUGAGAGGAAGAUGAUUCAGUGAGAGCAGAGAACUCCUAACCGGGUUGAAGUGAAAGUUACAUUGUGAUUGAGUCAGGAAUGAGAAAUUCCUCCAGAUCAGGUUUGUGCUGAAGAGAGGAGACAUUGAAGUGCAGGUUCAGAUUUUAGUGUCUGUGAAAUAAAAAAAUUGUCUGAUCAAAUAAUGACAGCCAAUCACUAUGUUUAUUUCAGAAAAAAAUGAUGAGGACGUUUUAUUUCAAAAUUCAGUAGGAGUUGAAGGAAUGAUGAUUGAUGCUGUUACUGUGGUAACAUGGAUUAAAAACCAGAGUUAGUCGACAUGUUUGGUGUCAAAUGUUUCAGAUAAUUUUGUUAUUUAUCUGAUAGAGACUUCCAUUAAACUAAAAUGUGCAAACACUGUCUUUUUAUUUUCAAUAUCAAGACUCCAUUCAUAUUCAUCCUCAAUUUUCAUUUUAGAUCUGAUUUUUCUGAGCGUCACAUCUGCACUUGGUGAUUUAUCUGUUCAACACACUCACACAUACACACACACACUUACAGAGGGUGUAUAUCUUGGGAUCUCGGACGCUGAAGCACUCAGGGCUGUUCGGCAAGGCUUUCCCGAUGGUGGCACUAUAAAAGUAAAUUAUUAAUAAUGAUAUUAACGUUGAUAUUUAUUCAGGACAGUUUUGUACUGCCAUUGGAUUAGACAUGAGUGUGCCUUGAAUUAUGAUCUUCCUAUUUAUUGUCAGAGACAAAUGCAACACUUUUUAUGAAGCAUCAAAUGAGAGGAGAGUAAACUACGUUGUGAUUUGACAUUUGAAUAAUUUAAAUGAUCGUAAGCGCUGAGUUUAGGUUUAGGAGCAGCCAGCACAAUCUCUAUGUGUCUGUGUGUAUAUAUGUAUGCAUAUGUACAUAUAAAGGCACAAACCUAUUUAUGAAUAAAUUAUAUGAGAAUUCUCCCUCGGAAGGACAUGCGUCUGUCCCCAAUAGAAAAGUCCAGAGAGGACAAUAAGCCACACAAGCGUCCACACAGAGACAAAAAUCAGGAGAUGAAAAAAGGAUUGAGUGCAUUCUGUCUUUAAUAAGUUUACAGUAUUGAAACAAGUACAAGGGUAAAAUAAUAUCUGUGUGUAUGUGUGUUUUAAACAGACAAGUAUUUUUUUCAGGUUUGCUUCUAAAGUUUCUCUGAACGCCCGCCAUUGUGGUGGUCGAUCGAUCGAUGUGUAAAUCUUUUCUUUUCUUUUCCUUUUGGUGACGGGGUUUUAGUAUAUAUAAAUAUAUAUGAAUAUAUAUGACAUUUCUCUUGUUUACUGUAAAGUAUACCAGUAUUUGUAAUAUUGGAGAAUGCCUGGGCAUUUUACAGAACUAGAAAAAGGUUGUUUUUUUAUCUUUUCUUUUGCAGUUUUGAAUCGUGGGUCUGAAAAUGUUUUUGUCACUGUAACUGUAAAAGUCUUCAGUUUUAGUAACUUUGAUUCUGCCUUGGGUGUGAUGAAAUAAAAAAUAAAAAGAAACCCUUUCAAAAUGA